ACCCUCUGAAGUCGAGCCUCAAAUCGCCAAGAUGAAUAAAGCCGAUUAUUUGGCCUUCCCGGCCAUUGUGAGCACCGCUGGCCAGUAUAAUCACAUGAGAAAAAUGUGGGAUGGUCACCAUUUUAAAUAUCAUAUGGACAGGAUGAGAAAUGUGAAACCAAUGGUUGACAACAAAGCUCCAAGAACCUACAUACACUGUCACCUGAAAAUGAAGAAAUUUCAGAUGGAGCAAGAGCGACUGAUGGAGGUGGAGAGGGACAACAAGCUGCUGGUCUCCAGAAUCGCCCGCACCAUGGCCAAAGGAGGCCUGGACAACUGGAACGAGGAGUACGAGAUGUUGACCAAGAACAGUGGCACCAUAGACCUGCGGAACAGGGAGCUGGUGAAGAUCUCCCUGGAGAACCAGGCCGUCCUCAAGAAGAUCAACACCACCAAGCCCGUGUACGACCACCAGCACUGGCUCAACGGCUUCAAAGUGACGAGAGAUUACAUGAAGCGGCUGAGGAAAUAUCCACAAACCAGCACCACAAAGGUGCCUCCUCUGGACUUGAUUAACUGACAGCAAUGCAGCAAUUCGUCCAUCAGCAAUUUCAUUGUGAGAUGAGAUGGAGGCAAAAGCAAAAUCAAUAAAACGAUACAGUGCUCAUCAUAACAAA